UUUGCAUCUCUUUUCCGAACCCAAAUCCCCAAAUUUACCCUAUCCACACAGUAUAAGAGUUAGAGCGCAGAGAGAGAGAGAGAGAGAGGGGGAGAGAGAGUAGAGUAGCGUAGAGAGAGAAAAUGGCCUCCGCCGAGGAAGAGGAGAAGGAGCGCGCCGUGUUCGACGACGACGACGGCGACGACUCCGAGGAGGAGGAGGAGGAGGAGGACGACGACGACGACACCGACGACGAUCUUCCCGCGGCGGCGGCGGCGGCGGCGCCACCUCCGCCGGCGUCGCCCAUGGAGGCGGAGCGCCACACCGACUCCACCGCCGACGCCGACGAUGGUGCUCCGACAACGUCGGGGGCUAAGCCUAACCGUAACCGUAACCCUAACCCUAAUCGGGGUGCGCACGGCGGCGGCGCGGCGGCGGCGGAGGAGGCGCGGCGGCUGUUCCAGCGGCUGUGGACGGAGGAGGAGGAGCUGGUGAUCCUGCGGGGGUUCUCGGAGUUCACGACGCGGCGGGGGACGGCGUUCGCGUCGCACCAGUACGACACGGGCCCCUUCUACGACGAGAUGCGGCGCCAGCUCCCCCUCGACUUCUCCAAGAGCCAGCUCGUCGAGAAGCUCCGCCGCCUCAAGAAGAAGUACCUCAACUGCGUCGCCCGCCUCCGCUCCGCCGCCGACUCCUUCGCCUUCCGCUCCCCCCACGAGCAGGCCCUCUUCGAGAUCGCCCGCAACAUCUGGACCCCCUCCUCCGAUCCCAACCCCGAUCCCGCCAAUCCCAUCAUCAACAAUUCCGAUAGCGAUCGCAAGCCGCCGCGCUCGCGCUCGCGGCGGCAGCAGCAGCGGCAGCAGCGGCGGCUCAGGAGAGCUACCGCCGCUGCAGCAGCAGCAGCAGCAGCAGCCGAAGAUCCAAUUCCGGUGCCCGUGCCCGUGCCCGUGCCCGUGGCCGUGCCCGUGCCCGUGCCCGUGCCGAUCACGGUGACCGCGGAGAAUCCCACUCCGAAGCCACCGCCACCACCGCCACCGCUGGCUACGCCAGCAGCGGCGUCGGACCUCUCGCCGCUGCUGUUCAAGGAGCUGGUUGGCGCCGCCAUCGGAGGGCCCCUCCUAGGUUUUGGCGGCGGCGGCGGCGGUGGCGGCAGUUCGGUGAGUAAUUUGGGGGAUGGGAGGUGGAGGAAGCAGCAGAUUCUGGAGUUGGAGGUGUACUUGAAGAGGUUGGAGCUCUUGCGCGAGCACAUCGAGUCGACCUUGCGCGAGCUCAAGGGCUCCUCCGGAGGUUCUUGAUUUACAGAUCGCGAAGAUGAGGUUAUGGUGGAGGAUGCAGUCGUGGAUAGUGACGGCGACAAGAGAAUCGCAAGAUUUAAGGAUGACGAGGAGGGAGAACAUGUUGGGACUGGGUUGGCUGCUGCGACAGAGUGCGAGAAGGGGGCACGGUAGCGAAAAAUGAUGCAGAGGGUGAAAGAAAAGAAGAAAAAAAGAAAAAGAAAUAUAUUUCUUUUUCUAGGAAGGCGAUUAGGCCACUAGUAGGAAGGCUAUGAAGUGGAGAAGAAAGAAGAAGAAGAAGCUACAUUCUCUGUGGCUAAGUUGAACCACUAUUUGAGAUUGAGUUGUAACUUCUCAAACAGUACAACUUCAGUUUCAAACCGUAUAACUUACUCAUGAGUUUUAUAUAAAAAAAAAAAUAUCAAAUACUCCUUUGUCUUAAAAAAAACAAAAAAAAAUUAAACAAUAUCAAUCAUGCACUUUAGGUUUGUCUGAAAUAGGCUCUUCCUUAGAAUUUUUUUUGGGUCAAUUUUAAAGGGUAGUAUUUGAGGUAAACAUAUUUUAAGCUCCUUUAAGCUUUUUGAAGUACACCUGUAAGUAUCAAAAUUUAAGAUAAACCAUAGAAAAGCAUUCAUGUGCGAGAUUUUAAGCG